AUGACAGAACAACAAAUGGACUGUGCUCUAGACUUGAUGAGGAGACUGCCUCCUCAACAAAUAGAGAAAAAUUUGACGGAUUUGAUUGACCUAGUACCAAGUUUAUGUGAGGACUUGUUAUCAUCGGUCGACCAACCCCUUAAAAUUGCACAAGACCGUAAUAACGGAAAAGAUUACUUGUUGUGUGAUUACAAUCGUGAUGGUGAUUCGUACCGGUCACCAUGGUCGAACACGUACGAUCCUCCUUUAGAAGACGGAUCCAUGCCUUCUGAAAGGCUAAGAAAGUUAGAAAUUGAAGCGAACCAUGCCUUUGACCAAUACAGAGAGAUGUACUUUGAAGGAGGAGUAAGCUCUGUAUAUUUGUGGGAUAUGGAUCAUGGCUUUGCAGGUGUAAUUCUAAUUAAGAAAGCUGGUGAUGGGUCUCAAAAGAUUAAGGGAUGCUGGGACUCUAUCCAUGUAGUAGAAGUUGUAGAGAAGAGCUCAGGCCGCAAUGCCCAUUAUAAACUGACCUCUACUGCUAUGCUCUGGCUACAAACUAAUAAGGAAGGCAGUGGUACGAUGAAUCUUGGAGGCAGUCUUACCAGACAGGCAGAGCAAGAUUCCUCUGUAAGUGAUGUCACUCCACACAUUGCCAACAUUGGUCGCAUGGUCGAGGACAUGGAAAAUAAGAUCAGAAAUACUUUGAAUGACAUCUAUUUUGGUAAAACAAAGGACAUAGUGAACGGGCUGCGGUCCACAGUGCCGGCCAACGUGGCGCGGCAGAAGGCGGCACUGCAGCACGACCUGGCCGAGGCGCUGCUGCAGCGCCGGCAGGUCGCGCGCGCCGAC